ACUUUUGGGAGCAUAACAUAAGCAUAACCCUAAGUGUUGAAAAUAUGUGAAACAAGUAAAACCGAUCUACGUUCAUAUAAGUGGACGAAUUUGCAUUUAAUGUAGUUUGAAUUUAAACAUGAAAUACUCCAUACUAUGGUGGUGGUUUUGUUUAUAUUUCAUUAUCCAUGAGUUAUACUUUCCGUGAAAAACACUGUACAGACUUUGCUUCAUAUUGGUGUUCAAUUUUAGAAAUGUACUGUGAUCACAAAAUAUUUUCUUAAUUCGAAUAUGCAACAUUAAUCAACGGUACAAUCAGCAGUAAGAUGAGUUUGAAUAAAAGAAUAAAGCAUAAUCAGAUGCAAGAUAGUAAUCAGCUAAUUAUUGCCAUAAGAAGAUUACUGCCAUGUUAUACAAACAAUAUAACAGAUGAACAUUUGGCAGUGGUAAGCAACUUAAUAGAAGCAAUUUGUACAGACCGCACUGACAAAAUACUCCAAUUAUUAGAACCCUUUGACAAUGAUUUAAAAGACGAAUUGCUCUCUAUGGGUGGAAUGUAUUUACGAGAACACAAUAUGUCAAUCACUUAUAGCACAGCUAAAUUUCUUCACAUAACUCUACUCAGUUUCCGGUUUUAUUUUCCGGCUGUUCAACUAGAACUUGUUACAAAAGAAGAAAAUGAAAACAUUCUGAAAUACUUAAUCAAACACAUGGAUGUCAUUCUGAUCUGGAAUGGUCCAACCAAUCAAAUCUUAUUAUAUCAUAUUAAGCAAGUUAUAUUUAUAGCAAAUGAAGUGAGAUUUAUCGCAGAAGUUAGAAAGCUGCUAUGGGGUAAACUUAUAUUUUAUAUGCAGCAAUUUAUUAAAUAUUUUACCUCAAAAGAAAACAUUCAUUUCUUACAAAUAGGAUUUAUAUCAGUCAAGAAUUUAAUUGAUUUUAUUAGGUUGUUUAAAACAGGUAUUGAAUGUGUGUAUUCAAAAAGACCAAAAUCUCUGAAAAGUGUUUUGAAAGAGAACGAAAGUAUAAUGCUGCAUUUUGAAGAGACUUAUAAUAAUAUACGAGAUAUAUAUGUAUUGGUAAGGAUUGAGAAUAAUAUUUCUAGGAUCUUUCUCAGGACAAGUUUUUUAGAAGAUUUGAGGGUAUUGCAGAUACUUGGUGAGUGUUUCAAACAAACUCAUGCAACACCGAAUAUUUCACCUACUUUUAAACAAUUUAUUACAUCCUAUAUAAGUGAACCUUGCAUUACAGCUCUAGUUACUCUUAGAGACAGCAUUUCGCACUUGACUGGCGUUCCCGUUUGUUCUAUUGAGUUCAUAGAUGAAGUCGAGUAUCUUUUACAAAAGAUUCAAGUUAGAUGUGAUUCAUUUAUAUAUAAUUACGUAGCCGAAAUUAAAAUAAAGAUCCUAAAUAUUAUAAAAUCAAACAAUUUUGAAAAUAUUGAAUUACCAUGCUGUUGUAAUUUGAAAUUGAAACCAAAUAUUUAUAAUCUGUUCAAAGAUACACAAUUUAGGAAGCCAAGCAGAUUCCAUCCAGAAUUAGAACCGUAUGAAAUUAUUGCUAUAAACGAACAAAUUCAAACGUUUGAGUUAAUUCAAUUUGAUAAAUGUUUAAGAAAAUUACAUGAUGCUCUUGAAUACAAUCACGAGUACAGAAUCAUUGAAAUGUUGCUAAUGUUAAUCUUGAAUCAUCUGAAUGAAGACCAAAAAAGAUUAAACACUAAUCGAAAGUGGUACAUGGAGAAAUAUCCGACAUUGACUGGACAACAACUUAGGAAUCAUCUUGCUCAUGGAGAUCCAAUUGUUGAGUUAUUGGGUCUCAAUGAAGAAAUAGCGGUCAGGGACACUGCAAAGUUACUUACUGAAGAAUUACAUAUGGAUGUUAAUGCCAAACGGGGGAAUAUCCAGAAAAUCACUGAACGAAUAGCAGUUAAAAGGAUGGAAGAAAUUGAUAGUAGUAAAUUAAUCAGCUUGGAAAAAUAUUGCAAAGUGUUUGGAUGUAUCAUGGAAGGUAACUUGAAUAAACUCAAACGCCAUAUUCAAAAGAUUGAUUCUGCAUGGAUAAAUUGGCGUGAUUCAAAUGGACGAAAUGCUUUGCAAUGUGCCGCACAGAACAAAAAUGAUGAUGUGGCAGUAUUCGAUUUUAUUUAUGAUAAAGAAAAGAACACGGUUAAUGUUAAACCAAGCCAAGAAACCCGUGAUACGCCAAUAUUUCUGGCCGUACUUGUGAAAAAUUAUAAAAUAGCUAAGCACAUCGCUGAGAAACAUAUUCUGGCACUACUUAAACGAGAUAAAAAUGAGCUAGGCUUAGAUCAUCUGGAAAGAUGUGUUGCUUCAACUUUGAUGUUAAAGACAAUAGCACUAGAUGAUGUAUGGAUCCUCUGCUAUUAUGCAAUAUGUUGCAAUAACGCUGUCCAACUGCAAUCGAUAUUAGAUUUGUACUAUUACAAAACACUGGAUAACAUUUGGAAAGCCAAUACUUCAUUUCUUCACAUAGCUUGUGCUUAUGGAGCUACUGAAGUGGUCAAAUAUCUCAUCAACACAGGUUGCAAUUUAAAUUGUGGUCAAUCAGGUCCACAUUGUGAAACAAAUCUAUGA